GGGAGGCGUUCGUGGGUCCUGUUUGGGAGCUGUUUUGGAUUUCAGGACGACGGGGUGAGAAUCUGGGCUCAGAGGGAAAACCAAAAACCACCCAAGUAAGGAUGAGGACUCUGGUGCUACUCCUUUUGGCUUUUACCUCAGCCAUGGCAAGGCAAAGGAGUCAGUUCACACGUUACCGAUCGUGGAAUUCUCAGAUGUAUCCGGUGUGGCGAGAUGGAGACCCGAGAUUCAGAAACUGCUGGUCUGGUGGUAAUGUGUCCUUUGAGCUUACGAACGAUGCACCCACCCUGACGGGGGCAAAGGCAACCUUCACUAUCAACCUUAAAUUCCCACCAAACCAGACGGUACUGCCUGAUGGACAGGUAGUGUGGGCACAAAACUGCACCGUCAACGGGCGCGAGUAUCAGGAGGGGCAGGCUGUGUAUCCGGACAGAGGCGGCGAAUGGACCGGAGUUUUCCCCGACGGCACGUCUUUCAACAGGAGUCAGAACAGGAAACCCCGCUACGUGUUUGUGUGGAAGACAUGGGGGCGUUACUGGCAGGUGGCAGACGGACCGUCCUCCUCCCUCUCCAUUGGGACGGACAACGUCCCACUGGGUUCCUACAAAAUGGAGCUGGUCAUCUAUCACUGCCGUGGGAGAGACAGGUUCAUCCCCCUCGGCUACGCCUCUUCAGUCUUCACCAUCACAGACCAGGUUCCGUUCAGCCUAUCCCUUUCUCAAGUCAACGACGUCAACCAAAACGACCAGAACUUCAUCCAGAACCAAGCCAUCGCCUUCUCCGUUUCACUCCACGACCCCAGCCAGUACCUGAACAAUGCUGACAUCAGCUUUAGCUGGGACUUUGGAGACAACAGUGGGACUCUCAUCUCCAGGGAGCGCACCGUCACUCACACAUACCUCUCAGUGGGAGUCUUCAGACCUCAGGUCGUCCUGAUGGCCAGCAUUCCCAGCUCCUGUGGAAACCCUACAGCUGCCGCUCCAAGCGAUGCCUCUGUUGCUCCAGCUGUGGUUGUAGUGGCCUCCACUCCAGGCGAUGGAGAGGAUGCAACAGCUCUGGAUGUUCUGGCAUCAGACACCACCCCCGUCGCUACCUCAGACAACGAAGAACCAGCCGCCGACACAGACGCCGUGGCCGCAGAGGCCGCCUCGGUGGCCCCGGCGGCCGUAGAUGCAGCUGUUGUUCCAGCAGAGCAGGAGCCUGCAGAAGAAGGAGACGCUGCUGUAGUGGAGACGGAGGCUGCAGCGGGAGAGGUGGCCACUGUUCCCCCUGCAGCCGAGGAACCGGUAGAAGUGGAGACGGCUGCAGAAGAUGGCACUGAGGCGGACGCCGCUGUGGAGACUGUUCCUGCUGUUGUUGAUGCUGCUGCUUCAGCGGCCCCGGCUGCUGCUGCUGCUGCUUCAGCGGCCCCGGCUGCUGCUGCUGCUGCUUCAGCGGCCCCGGCUGCUGCCGAGGGAGAAGAAGCUGCAGAUGAGGUUGCUGAUGCUGCCACCGUCGCACCUGUGGUGGAUCCAUCUGUACAGGAGGAAGCCAACGAGGCUACUGAAGCUGCUUCUGUGGCCCCUGUGGCUGUUCAAGACGUAGCUGAAGUCCCUGCUGCUGAUGCUGCUGAUAAUGUUGUCGCUGCUGCUGCCACUGAGGCCACAGCAGAAGCAGAAGAGGCAGCACUAGAUGAAGAAGCUGCAGCUGAGACCGAGGACGAAGUGCUGGAAACUGAAAACGCAAUUGCGGCAACUCCGGCUGCUGCAGCAGAAGCCGUUCCCGAAGAGGGUGAAGUUCAAGAAGAAGUCGAGGCGGAUCCAGCACAGGUUGCACUCGUGGUGGCAAAAAGACAAGCCCCGGAGCUGACCGCCGACUGCAUGAUCAGCCGCUACGGUUCCCUCGCCACAUCAGUAGACGUCGUUCAGGGAAUUGAGAGUGUAGAGAUUGUUCAGAUGGCCAAUGUUGUGUCACUGGCGACUGCGUUGGAUCAGAAUGCCGUGGAUGUGACCAUUUCCUGUCAGGGAAGCCUGCCAAGCGAAGUGUGCACUGUCAUUUCUGACGCUGACUGCGUAACGCCGGUUCAGACCAUCUGCAGCGCAGCCUUGCCCUCUCCAGACUGUCAGAUGAUCCUUCGCCAGUUCUUCAAUGACACAGGCGUGUUCUGCCUCAACGUCUCCCUGACUAAUGAUGUCAGCCUGGCUAUGGCCAGUGCCAGAGUCAAUGUAGCAGUGGCCUCCGGCGGUUCCCCGGCUGGAACUGCUGCGACUGUGCUGGGAGUUAUGGUUCUCGCCUGCGUUGUUUGUUGUAUUGGUUUGAUGUACAGGCGGUUCAAGCAGUACCAGCCUCUGAGAGAGGACCAUGAUGCCGGUAAUGGAGGCAGCUUUGUGACGUCGGUGCCGCUGCUGCUGUGGAACCUGCUGAGUCGACAGUCAACGGGAGAAAGUCGCCCAUUGCUUCAGGGAAGGAUUGUCUAAAGACGAUCACCAGUUUAUGUACCAAACAUGUACAUACUCUUCUAACAUAAAGGCCUUUUACAUGUGAUAUCAGUCUGUAGAUGAUGGUCAUCUUUAAAAAAAACAAAACAGAAACACUUCCGAUUUUAUGGAACCAUCCUCAUAAAAUACAUAUUAAAAUCAGGAGUCUUUUCUGUAACAUGGAAAGUUAUUUAUUUUGUCCUGGAACAUCUUUAUAAAUAGUUUCUACAAGAAGUAUAAUCUGUGGCCUACUUAUUCCAACCUGAUAACAGUGUAAUAAAAACAUGGUUUAUUACAAAAAGUAUUAUCUGUGCAGCCCUAAAACUAAUAAAAAUGAAACUUUAUCACCAG